CCAGGUUGUAUUCUCAUCUGAAGACUUGCCCAGGGAAGAUUUCACUAACUGCUGCGCUUCCAAGCUACUGCAAGUUGUGAGGUUGUGGGACUGAGGUUGCUGUUUUCUUGCUGGAUGUAGGCCAGGUGCUGCUCUCUAGAAGCCUCCUGCCAGGAUGUAUCUGUGCUUCUGUUUUGUGUUUCCACGUGUAUCAUUCAUGAACCCUUUGUCCCCUGCAGUGGAAGCAUUGCAGUUUCUUAACCACUGGAUCACCAGGGAAGCUCCUGUGAUUGCUUCUUUUCUGAGCCCUGUAUCCUCCUUAUCCGUAGAUGUUUUGUCCUCACAGUCCCCUAGCCCUCCCUUGCAGGGGUCACUGCCACCCUCCUCUGAACUGUUAUGUAAUUUGGAAAUGAAGGAGGCAGGCAGUUAGGGAAUGGAAGGAUAAAAGGGAGACCGUACCCCGUGUCAUCAAAUAUUAAGAUGUACGCAUAUCCAAUGUUGAAUAUCUUUUCUCAAAAAACUUUCUGCAUGGAUUACCCUUGUUUUGGAAAUUAAUUGAUUGUGUUGACUCAUUAAUGAUUUGAUACGCGGUUUAAGCAGUCAUGUAUAUGUGAGAAUUCUUGAGAAAUGUAAAAAUCUGAUGUACUAAUGAUUUUCAAAUAUAAGGAAAUUUAUAUGUUUUUAAAAUGAAAAAUUAAGUUUAUAUAUGAAUUUAAUGGAACAUUUUUUAAUUUUGUAGUUUAAUUUUCUUAAAUUGGUGUCUGCCCUUUUCAUGCCUAGAUCUCAGGCAUUUUCUUGUAUGUUUUCAUUUCUGGAAAAGCUUGCAGGCCCUGGGCUUCCUGCCUGCAGUAUGAAAUGGAUAAAUUGUAUUUGAUUGAGUCUUCCUAUAGAUCAGUAAGGGAACAGAAAGUUGGCAGUAGUUUAUCAACAUCCCAUACUCAGGUAAUUAAGCAAUUUCAAUAAUUCUUAAUAGCAUGACAGAUUUUUAUUAUCUUUUAAUAGGUGUUGGCUAAUGGGACCUAGGGAAGCACAGGAAAAUUUCUUUUGCAUUAAAGCAGUUCUAGGCAGAGUAGUAUUUAUUCAGAGUGAUGUAUUGCCAGGGCUGCCACAACAAAAUACCACAAACUGGGUGGCUUAAACAACAAAUGUAUUUUCUGACAGUUUAGGAGGUGGAAAGCUCAAGAUCAAGGUCAGCAGGUUUGGUUUUUUGUUUUUGUUUUGAGUCUUCUUUCCCUGACUAGCAGAAGGCUACCUUCUUAGUGUGUUUUCACGUGACUUUUCUCUGUGUAUAUGCAGGUUUGUCCUCAUCUCUUCUUAAUAAGGAAAGCAGUUAUAAUGGAUUAGGGCCUACCUAUGUGACCUCAUUGUAUUGUAAUUACCUCACUACAGAUCCUGUCUACAAGCACAGUCACGUUAUGAUGCACCAGGGGUUCGGAUUUCAACAUACGCAUUUUGAGAAGAUACAAUUAAGCCCAUAACAAUUGUCUUCCUUUAUUUUAUGCAAUAGCAAACUUGAUGAUAAAUCACACUUCAAUUAAGGUAAAUCUUUUUUCCUAUUGUCUUCCAGUGGGAAUAUGCUGCCCUCCCACCCCUCAGAUAGCAGGAGUAAGACCUUAAGCUCAAAAGUUGAAACAAUUUUGAAUUACUCUGUACCCUCCAGAUCCUCCUCCCGAAAUUUUGAUUUUUUCUUCCUGUUCUACGAAGUCUUGUCUUUCUUCUGUCCUUCUUCAAAUGAUGAGCAUACCUUCCAGAUACAGAGUUGCUCCAUUUCAUGUGGAAGAUUCUAUAACUUGGCUUCCCUUUCCCUUUUUGUCUGAGAUCUCAAUGAACUGUUUAAAAAAAAAAAACCACCUAAUUUUAUGGAAGUAGAGUUGAUGUACAAUAUUGUACUCUGCUCUAUAGCAGUGUGAUUCAGAUACAUAGAUAGGUAUUCUUAUCCAUUAUGGUUUCUUAUAGAAUAUUGGAUAUAGUUCCCUGUGUUGUACAGUAGGACCUUGUUUAUUCUAUAUAUAAUAGUUGCAUUUGCUAACCCCAGCCUCCCAACCCAUCCUUCCCCCUUUCCCCUUCUCCUUAACACUGCAAGUCAGUUCUCUAUGUGAGUCUGUUUCUGUUUUGGUAGGUAAGUUUUCAAUGAAUUCUUCUUUUUCCACCUCACUAUCCCCCCUCUUUUUUUGAUUUCUCUUUCACCUUCCUUUUUAUUUUCAGUGUUACUCUGUGCUAAGGCCUAGGCAUACAGAGUAAGAAAGGAUACAUGUUCUUUUCAUGAAGUUUACUGUCCACUGUGAGAAGAUGACCUUUAAAAAAAAUGCACUGACUUUAGAUGGUAACUGGGAGUUGUGAUUUGAUGUGAAACUAAGGGGGUAGCUACUAUAAGAGAGUGUGUGUGUAAAAUUUAAAUAGAGCUUGGAGAAGGCCUAAUUAAGUGGUAUUUGAGCUGAAACCUCCCCAUUGAGAAGGAGAGUUACUUUACUGCAGAUGGAUAUUUGGUUUGUUUUUCUUUCUAUUUUGCUGUUAACAUUGAUGCUUUGAACAUUAUUACACAUUUCUUGAUGGAUAUUUCCAAGAAUUUUAAGGUUAAAUCUAGAAGUGUUAAUUGCAUGUUAUACUGUAUGUAAAUGUUUAGUUUUCAGGAUGGUGCCAAAUCAUUUUCCACAAUAGUUAUACCAAUUUACAUCCACAAGGGAAACAAGAAAUUCCAUUUAAUAGGCUUCCCUGGUGGCUCAGUGGUGAAGAAUCCGCUGCCAGUGCAGGAGACAUGGGUUCAAUCCCUGAUCUGGAAAGAUCCACCUGGCGAGGAGCAACUAAGCCCAUGUGCCACAACUGUUGAGCCUGUCUGUGCUCUAGAGCCUGGGAGCAUCAACUACUGAGCCCACGUGCCCCGAGCCUGUGCGCUGCAACGAGAGAAGCCGCCGAAGCCUUUCUGUCCGAUGUCUUAGCGAGGCGGCAGUUGUCGCAGCUGCUCUCCGGGCUUCACUAUGCCGCCCAAGGACGACAAGAAGAAGAAAGAUGCCGGAAAGUCGACCAAGAAAGACAAAGAUCCAGUGAACAAAUCUGGGGGCAAGGCCAAAAAGAAGUGGUCCAAAGGCAAAGUUGGGGACAAGCUCAAUAACCUAGUCUUGUUUGACAAAGCAAUGUGUGACAAACUCUGUAAAGAAGUUCCCAACUCUAAGCUUGUAACUCCAGCUGUCGUCUCUGAGAGACUGCAGAUUCGUGGUUCCCUGGCCAGGGCAGCCCUUCGGGAACUCCUUAGUAAAGGACUUAUUAAACUGGUUUCAAAGCACAGAGCUCAAGUGAUUUACAGCAGACACACCAAGGGUGGAAAUGCCCUAGCUGCUGGUGAAGAUGCAUGAACAGGUCCCACCAACUGUACAUUUUGAAAAAUAAAACUGUAUUAAAUAAAAACAAAAACAAGAGAAGCCACUGCAAUGAGAAGCCUGCAACUGAAGAGUAGCUCCGCUGCUCACCAAACAGACAAAAGCCUGUGUAGCAAUGAAGACCCGACACAACCCCCCCACCCCAAAAAAAGAGAGAAAUUCUAUUUGAGAAUCCCCCAAACUUCCCAUAAGAAUCUUCAUUCUUGUCAGUACUUCACAAAUUUAAUUUUUACCAAUCUAAAUAUUUAUUUUUACCAAUUUUUCAUCGCAAUUUUAAUUUUAUUUUCCUGAUUAUUAUCUUUUUAUUUUACUUUUAAAAAUAAAUUAAAAAAUACAUUGUGGGUAGCAGACUUUUGUGAGUGAUAUAUUGCAAAUACUUUCUCUCAUUUUGUGGCUCUCAUUUCACCUUCCUCAUAGUUUCUUUUAAUGAAAAAAAGGGUCUUUUAAGAUGGGUGAAUUUGUCAUUUUAUGGUUAACACUUUUUGUGUCUUGUUUAAUAGCUUUCUCCUAACCCUGAGGUCACAGAUAUUCUCUAUUUUCUUUGAAAUGUUUCCAAAAUAUCUACUCAUAUCUAAUUAUUUUAUCUAUCACUGAUUCCUUUUUUCCUUGUGGAUACUUAGCACUCUUUAUUGAAAAGUCCAUUCUUUCUCCAGUGACCUAAAUGGCAGGGUCUUAUCAAAUUUCCAAGUGUGCAUGGAUCUACUUCUCGGCUCUCCAUUUGGUUUUAUUGGUUGGUGGUUUUGUACCAAUACAGUGUACCAUGUUCAUUUCUGUGGCUUUAUGGUAAGUCAUGCUAUUACAUUUUGGAAGCAACUAGUAAAAGUUCUGUAAACCUGUUUGAAAUCUUAAUUGGAAAUUCAUUUAAUCUUUAGGUCAUGUUAAAGAGAUUGACAUCUUUACAAUAUUGAAUCUUCCUAUCAAUGAACAUGAUAUUGCU